AUGGGAACGCCUCUGCCUAAUCCUCGUUCUUAUAGAGAACUUAUAGGUCGGCAUCUUUAUCUCACCAUCACCAGGCCGGAUAUCACCUUUUAUGUUCAUCAGCUCAGUCAGUUCAUCUCUGCACCUUCUGACAUUCACCUUCAAGUGGCUCAUAAAGUCCUCAAGUAUAUCAAAGCUAAUCCUGGCCAAGGCUUGAUGUAUCCUGCUGAUUCGGACCUGAGCUUGAAUGUUUUCUGUGAUGCUGACUGGGCGAACUGUAAGGAUAAUCGACGCUCUAUUACUGGUUAUUGUGUAUAUCUUGGUAACUCUCUUAUCUCAUGGAGGUCCAAGAAGCAAGGUGUCACUAGUAGAAGCAGUACAGAAUCCGAAUAUCACAGUAUGGCUCAGGCGACUUAUGAAACUAUUUGGUUACAGCAGUUGUUCAAGGAUCUCCAUCUUCCUGUUACAGGUCCUGUCAAACUGUAUUGUGACAACAAGUCGGCUCUGCAUAUUGCUAUGAAUCCUGUUUUCCACGAGAGGACGAAACAUAUAGAAAUUGACUGUCACAUAGUCCGUGAUCAGAUCAAGGCUUGUACACUCAAGGUUUUCCACGUUUCUUCGGAGAAUCAACAUGCUGACAUUCUUACCAAACCCCUUUUUCCUUUCUAUGGAUUGCUUUCUAAGAUGUCAUUAUCAAGCAUGUAUCUUCCAAACCAGACAUCUUUGAAGCUACAGACGUGA